AUGCGGCUUUUGACAACCGUGACCUCGUCACUUCUCCUAGUCGGCGUAUCGGCUCACGCACGCAUCGAGAAAAUUACAACAUCAGCUGGUCUAGUUUACAAUGGAUGGGAUCCCGUUUCUUCUGAAACAUUGACACCGCCUCGUCCAUUGGCUGCAUGGUCAGCCGCGAACAUGGGCAACAUCUUCGUGGCCCCCUCACACUUCAAUACGUCAAAUAUUACCUGUCAUGAUAACGCCAUACCUGGUGCACUUCAUGUCAAUACAACUGCCGGCGACACAUUGCAGUUGAAAUGGAAUGAAUGGCCAGUCUCCCACGUCGGCGCAGUCAUGACAUACAUUGCCAAGUGCAACACGACUUGUUCAAAAGCAAACAAGGACACCUUGUCCUGGGUCAAGAUUGACGAGCUGGCAUGGCUCAACAGUACUGGGUGGGACACUUUGGAAUUGGGUGGCACAUGGGCGACGGACGUACUCAUUGCCAACAACUUCACCUGGGAAAUCAAGAUACCAGAGGUGCUGGCAGCAGGCUACUACACCCUGAGGCACGAGCUCCUUGCACUGCACGUGGCAGAGCAGCUGGAUGGUGCACAGGCGUACCCGCAGUGUAUAAACUUGCGAGUAGACAGAGCGGCAGGNUCAAAGGCAAAGCAUUUGAAAGGGGGUGUACUGGGGACCAAUCUGUACAGGCCAACAGAUGCGGGUAUACUGGUCGAUGUCCAUAAGAAGUUGACUGGAUACGAUACUCCGGGUCCAAAGCUAUGGGAGUACGCGAGUCCAUUACAACAGCCAUACCAAUGA